AUGGAGAACGAGGAAGGAGGGAGGGACACGCACCGGGCCACGUGCUUGGCUCACAAAGGUGACACCAUCCUCCUUGUCGCAGACUUCAGCCUCAGCGUGACUGUCAGCCCUGUGGACACGCUGGCUGUCACUGUGCCCACCGUCUGCCACAACAUCACCUGCAGCCUCUGUGGAACUUCAAUGGCCGUCUCCACACCGACCGCCUCAUCCAGAGCAGCACUGCCACGGGUCACCGCCUCAGUCCCGGUCCCAGGUGUCCCCUGUGCCGGCAAUCCCCCAGCAGUGAAUGAUGAGCUCAGAGCUCCCUUUCCAGGUGAUCCUUUGGAUCCGGAUUCUGUGCAUGUGCCCGUGGGACAACCCAGAGGCCCUGCUGGUGAAUCAGCAGAAUGGAAUCCUGUCUAUGAGCCUGAGGGGGAUGCUGGAGAUGUGCCUGGAGGAGGUGAUCCAGGUUCCCCUCUAGGUUCUGGGACUGAAUCUCCAGCAGAUCACAUGGGUCCAGAAGAAGGAAAGGAUGAAUCCAAAAGAGUAGAAUACUCCCAGGGCUCAUCCCAUCUCCUAAAUGACCUGCUGAAGGAAAUGGAGAAUGCAGCGCGUGGGACUGACCAACAAACUGCACAGGACGCGCUGCAGGAAGGCAGCCAUCCCACGCUGCCAGUCUGGGACAGAGGAACGCAGAUAGCGCCAACGACUGGCAUGCCAGGGAUGAAUGCUGGGAAAAGCACAAAGGCUGCUGUUCACAAAUCUGUGCGAAAGCGCCGCAUCGCAGCGAUGGUACUGUUCUCAGCUGUGCUGCUGUCUGCACUGUUGUUGGCCUGUGGUGCUGCGUUAUGGAUGUGCAAAAAAUACCUAGUGUGCAAGAGAGAAGAAAGAGCAGCAGAACGAGCUCUUCCUGAUACCAACUGAGAGAGUGUUCCAGCUGGAGAUGAGGGCAGAACGGAGCUGGGAGAGGCAACAAGAGAGACUCCUGCCCAACCAAACCAGAAUCUCAACAAUAGUUCCAGUCCAUUCCAUUCUACCAUCCAAGAUACCAAAGGUCUUCAAAGUCAUCUGGAAGACCUGGAGCGUGAACUCAAAGCCAAAAAAGAAGUCCACGGGAACAGUCCUGAGUGCUGCUUUCUGUCAGAGGACAGCCCUGAAGCUGAGAGCGGAGAAUCAGCAGCAGAGCCUUUGUCCUUCACCCUGCAUUCUCCAGGACAAGUAUCAGCAAUAAUUCCAAGAUUCUUAGCUCACCAUAGCUACAGUCCUUUUGAGGGUCGUAGUGAGAACCCAGAAAGUGAGCUUCCUCUGACUGCUGGACAGUAUUGUUUAUUGUCUUUGGAGAUGUGGAUGAGGAUGGCUGGUUUCUGGGAGAGCUGACAGAUGGCACAAGAGGACUGGUCCCUUCCAAUGUGGUUGUGGAAGUUUCCGAUGAUGAACUGGAUACAACGAUGCCUCUAGAGCUUUGUGAUCUCCUGCUGGACACUGAUGAUUAAGUGGAUGCAGAGAUUCCAUAACGCAGCAACAUCCUGUAAAAAUUCCUGCACUGAUUCAUCUGCAAGACUACCCCCUGCUCCACUAGAUGUUCAAGUGGAGUGUGAGCAGGAUGUGGAUGAGCUCCUUCAGGAGCUCUGUGGUGACUGACAGUGUAACUGCAUAGUCUUAUUAUAUAUUAAAAACAAAAAAAAAUGAACCAAAAAAACCCCCAAUAAAACAAACAAAAAACCCAACACUGUUCUUUUUCUUGGAUACAUUGACUUGAUACUUUUUCUAGCUGAGACUUUGCAAUGAGUCUUGAAGCAGAUUUGAACUGGUAGAAGUCGGCAGUGUCUGCAUUCCGUUCUCCUAAUUUCCUUGCUGGUCGGAGUUAACGUGCCCUGCAUCCGUUCCCCAGCUCCAGCUGCCUCCUGAAUCAUGAGAGCAGCCUUUCCAUAUUGUGAAAACAGCCCUUUCACAUAGUUGGAGUGGAUUCAUGCUGAAGGACAAGAUGCUUGUGGACAUGUAAGCUCAGGAAAAGAAUGUAGAGUCCAUGGAAACUUGCUGCCAAACAACACUAAGAAAGAAGAAUAGACUCCUGUUGUUGAAGAUGGAACAGUAAAACAGAUGCCCCAGCAAAACACAAUGCCAGUACAAGCUGGUUGGGGCUACUCCCCCUGAAAAGGCUGGAAGUUCACAGCGAGGUAGACUACUAGCCCUCAUUCAAUGACUACCAGAGACCCCCACCAUGUUUUUAGGACACGUGCUCAAGAGGGUGGGACAAUAUGUUAAUAAUUUCUCAGAAUUCCAGCCCAUCUUCAUGGAAUGUAAUGAAUAUAUGUAUGCAAUGUCUUUAAAUACGUAACCAUUGCUUUUCUCGGUGUGAGAGGUGGGAGGAGAUAUCCCCCUUGCAUCUGGUGCCAUAAUGAGCACACCUGGUUUAUGACCUUACGUGAGUUAUGAGUUUGAUUCCACACAUCACUCCCUUCACUAUUAAGAGGACUAAGAACUUCUGUCACAGAAGGAUGCCCAUCUGCAAGGCUUACGUUUCAUGCUUCUUCCUUCCUCUCUGCUUGGUAAAACUCCAUGCUGGGCUCAUUUGGAAGGAAGGCUUGGUGUUCUGAUUUCUUGGACAGUCGUUACCUAAAGCCUGGAGUGCCUCUGUCAAGUGUGGCGGUGCAACUCCCGCUCCCCACACUCUCCCCCUUCUCUCAGGCCUCUCAGUGCACUUCUUCUCCUCAGACAAAAGGCGGAGAACCAGUACAUGGAGGUACUCCUCCUCUUCCCUUGCCCCUGCUUGCCUCUGGGUAGCAAGGAGCAAUGAAUUGGAACAUUAGGGGAUGCCCUUGUUGUAUCUGACUCCUGCUUUGUGCCCCAUAGCCCAGGAACAAACCUGGAGACAAUGAUCUCCUGGCAGCCUGGGACAUGUGUACACGAAUCACGGCCCAAGUGGGGUAGCUUGGAAUUUGUGAGUCCAGCAAGUUCUGGGCUUUGCACAACUGGUGGAAAGAACCAGAAGAUUUUGCCAUCCAAGGGGGCUGGUAUGGAAUAGGACCCAUCAGAUCUCAAUCAUCUCAGACCCUAUAACUAGAGAUUCUAAGCAAGUGUUAAUAUUUAUAAAUAUCUGAAGGGAAGUGGGAGGAAAAUGGAUGAGGCGCACAUCUUGGUGAUGUGCAGUGGUAGGACAAUGAGCAAUGGCCCAGAACUUGAACACAGGAAGUUCCACGCAAACAUGUGAAAGCCCUUCUUUAUGGUCAUGGUGGGGGAACACCGGGACAGGUUGCCCAGAGAGGUGGUGGAGGUUAUGACCAGCAUCUCCUCUGGGUUGGGAUGCCUCUUAGGUACUGCCAAAUCCUCGAGGCCAUCUACCAGUGGAGGCCAGGGCAAAGGCGCCCCCCUGGAGUCAGACUUGAUUAUGAUCUGAUGAGGAAUGGUGGUGGCCUGUUGUAUUUGCUCCACACUCAGGUAGACGCAAAUUGUAAGCAGAAGUCAACUUGCAUUUCUUCCAUCCACCUCCCUACUUAUUUAUCUGUUUUAAUGAUACACAUUUGUUUCACAACUGUGGAUGCUGAGAUAUUUUACUUUUCCACACUUCUUUUGUGUUUGAGUGUAUGUUUGUGUAUGAGUAUCUGUACAUUGAUUUGGGAUGUCCUGUUAUUACGAUAGCACGAAUCUUGUCAUCUGCAAAUCCGUAAUCAGGUCCCUGCUUAAUUGUCACACAUUUCAUUAAAUCACGUUAUUAACCUCCAAA